GGGGAAUCGUUUCGGAAUCAUCCCCACGUACUACUCGACCCAACACAGGCAACUUCGAUGGCGCCCAAGCACACGAAGCUGUACGAUGUCAUGGGGGUGGCUCCCACCGUGACACCGGAGGAGCUCAAGAAGGCGUACCGCCGCAAAGCGCUUCAGUUGCAUCCUGACAAGCGCGGCAACACGCCGGAAGCGCAGGAGGAGUUCACCGUGAUGAAGGCGGCGUACGACAUUUUGAGCGACCCAAAGCAGCGUGACAUCUACGACAUGAUGGGCGAAGACGGCGUGAAGCUCGUGCAUCAGUACGGCGACUUGCGUCCCGACGAGCUCUUGGCUGCGAUGCUCAACUCGCUCGCGCAGUCCGGACCGUUGGGCAAAUGCAUCAUCUUCUCGUUCGUCGCGGUGUUCCUCUGUUUCUUCAUCCUCAUUCCCCUGUUUGUGUGCUUGAAGGUGGACCAGGACAUUGGGUGGUCGUGGCUCACCGUGUUCACUCCGUUGUGGAUUCUCGACGGGAUCUAUUUGUGUUGCGUCGGCUGCUCCUUCUUCGAGCAAGCCCCCGACAUCCAUCAAGACGCCGAGGACCGCCCGUCGCCGUCCGUGCGCAUCUUGCUCAAGCUGCUACUGCUGCUCAAGGGGGUGCUUUUUGUCGGUUUCCAACUGCUCGUGGCCAUGAAGCUGCAAGGCGCGCUUCCCAACCUGGCCAUGCCCUUGGUCUUCGCCCCGUACUUUGUCCUCGAAGGUUUCUACCUCGUCGAGAAGAUCAUCGCCGGCGUGUUGUCGUACUCUGCGUUUGCCGCCGCGACUGCCGCCGAUCCGUCUGCGGGCUCCGGGCAGUCUCGAUCAAACCUGGUGCUGGAAAUCUCAAACUCAUGGGCCAUGAGUGUGUUGCGGCUGUCGUUUGGGGUGCUCGUAGCGUUCAAGCUGGACCAUACCAUCGAUACUUCGUGGUGGAUUACAUUCAUUCCCGUGUGGAUCUACAUUGCCACGCUCGUGGUUCCGCAUAUUUUGGUGUACUUGCGCCACAAGAAGGCGGACGACCAUCAUCAUGACGACGGAGCGUCCGAGGCGUCGCUCGGCGGACUCUUGUGCGUGCUGUUAAUGACGCUGGUGUUCAUGUCACCGUUCUUCAUCCUGGCGUACCGGCUGCAAUCGGCCGAGUUUUCGUCGUUCUAUGUGCUCCUACCGUGGUUUAUCGUGGUGGGAGUGUUGCUGCUGCCGUGGUUGGUCAUGGUGCUAUGUGGAGUGUUGUCGUGUGUGUGUGGCUGCUGCUGUGGUCGGCGCAGCAAGGGCGACGUUACUGACGAAAAUGGGGACAGGUCCAGCCACGCGUCGCCUGCCAACCACCACGUCGUGUAAACUUGAUGGUGACAAGGAAUCACAUACAAGUCACCAACCAUAGUUAUGCUUGUGUGGACGUACGAACAGCGUUCGACAUAACGUGACCGAUCAGUGAUCCGCCAAAAUUUGGAUUUUUUCCUUCUUGAAUUACUCAGCGGCUAUUUGUGCUAGAACAAAGAUGGACACACAUUCUGAUAGCCAAUUUCAAGUGCUUUCGCAAGGAUUCAAAACCGAUCGGAUCUGACAGUUCAUGUUUCUCCAAUUAAUUUAGAAAGUUGAG